AUGCCAGAUUCUUCAGUCACAUUCAGGAACCGUUUACUUACAAGAUCAAACUCCAUCCGUUUCUUUACUUCUAGAGGAAUAAUUGGCUUUGCUUACGGUUUCACAUUGGCUUCUAUCAUCUUUAUGCUCUUCCUUGUCCUAAAUCCUUCUGGCUAUCAUUUUUCUCCAAGGCUCUUAAAUGCCUUUCACUCUUCACGUAGGUAUAACUUUUCUAAUGUUUUUGCUCACAUUUUCACCAACACUUCCCAUUCUUCACCCCCUUACACCCCUCUUGAAGACUCAGGUAGUGAUGAUGAUAAUUCUAAGAACAGUGCAGAAGAUUCUCGUUCUUCCUUUCAAAUUUCAAGAAAGGAAGGUCCUGGCCUCGCACCAAAGGGACGUAACCAAAACGAGGAAUUGGAAACAUAUGAUGCAUACCCUCCAGUUCAAGAAGAGCCUUUUCCCAUUUGGUGGUCACCGUCACCAAGUCCUUCUCAAAAUGUGAUGCACUUAGAAGAUUGGAUGGAAGUGGGGAACAGUUGUGAUCUGUUUGAUGGUUCAUGGGUUAGGGAUGAUUCAUACCCACUUUACAAUGCUGGGUCUUGUCCCUAUAUUGAUGAGUCUUUCAACUGUUUCCUCAAUGGUAGGAGUGAUAAUUUGUAUGAGAAGUACCGGUGGCAGCCCAAGAAUUGCAACAUGCCAAGGUUAAAUGGUAACGACAUGUUGGAGAUACUGAGAGGGAAACGUUUAGUCUUUGUUGGUGAUUCCCUCAAUAGGAAUAUGUGGGAAUCUCUGGUUUGUGUUCUUAGAAAUUCUGUGGAAGAUCAGAGCAGCAUUUUUGAAGCCUCUGGUAGAGAAGAAUUUCGAACAGAUGGUUCUUACUCAUUUAUCUUCAGAGAUUACAAUUGCUCAGUUGAGUUUGUCCGUUCGCCAUUUCUUGUUCAGGAGUGGGAGAUUCCUGACAGGAAAGGAUCAACGAAAGAAACACUUCGUCUUGAUUUGGUUGAGGGAUCUUGUGAUAAAUACAAAGAUGCAGAUGUUCUUGUAUUCAAUACAGGUCACUGGUGGACUCAUGAGAAAAGAACCGAAGGGAAGGAAUAUUAUCAAGAAGGCGAUCAUAUCCAUGGACAAUUGAAUGUUGAGGAAGCAUUUUAUAAAGCUUUGUUGACAUGGUCACAGUGGGUGGAUGCCAAUAUUGAUCCUAAGAAAACUGUAGUUUUCUUUAGGGGUUAUUCUCCUUCUCACUUCAGGGGUGGAGAGUGGAAUGCAGGUGGUAGGUGUGAGAAUGAGACAGAACCAAUGAAAAAUGAGUCUGAUUUGUCAGAAAAUCCUCCAAUGAUGAAGACCAUUGAGUCAGUAAUUGAGAGAAUGAAGACUCCAGUUUUCUACUUGAACAUCACGAAAAUGACCGAUUUCAGGAUUGAUGCUCACCCUUCCAUGUACAGAAACAUAAAUAUGUCUGAAGAGACAAAAAGAUACAUGCUCACACACCAGGAUUGUAGUCAUUGGUGUCUUCCUGGUGUUCCUGACUUGUGGAAUGAAGUAGUAUAUGCUCACCUUUUAUAUAGUACGAAUAGAAACAAGGGAAACUACCAAAAAUGA